CGCGCCCCCUUGCCAUCCCGCGUCAUAUCCAGUCGCUGCCCCGCCGUUUCUCCAUCUUCUCCGCUUCUCAUGCAUCCUAUUUGCCGUAUGCUAGACCAUGAUUAUCCUUUCGCUCAUGUAGUUUUCCCGUCCACUCGCGCCGUCCUCUGGGCAUCAUGUAGGUCCUCAUACUAGACUUGGCCCGGAGGCCUUUAUACCCUGUUCUCCGUGCUGCUUGUGCAGUCUCGACACCUCUCCAUGCCUUCCUCCUUGUCCGCAGUCUUGCUGGCUACCCUGCUGCCUUCCUGCAUCUAUGCGUCCUCUCCUGUCGUCACUAUCACCAAUGGAACGGUCCAAGGACGCCACUCUCCCGAAUGGAACCAGGAUUUUUUCCUAGGCAUUCCUUAUGCUCAGCCUCCUAUUGGAGACUUGCGUUUUAGACGGCCUCAGGCCAUAAAUUCUUCUUUCGAAGGCGUGUUUGACGCUUCACAUUAUGGUCACAGUUGCUAUCAGUACGGAAGCAAUUUCAAUCUGAGCGAGGACUGUCUUACUAUCAAUGUCGUACGUCCUGCUGGUCAUGAGCAUCCAAAGCUGCCAAUUUUGGUCUGGAUAUAUGGUGGCGGUCUCACCUUGGGUAGCACUGCGGAUCCGCAGUACAAUCUCAGUGGUAUUGUUGAAGCUUCGGCUCUGACUGACAAUCCUUUCAUUGCAGUCAGUAUGAACUAUCGACUGGGUGUUUGGGGCUUUCUUAACACCCCGGUCGUUCAUGCCGAGGGUUCUUCUAAUGCAGGUCUUCUCGACCAGAGACUUGCUCUUCGGUGGGUACAGGAUAACAUAGUCUCUUUCGGCGGUGAUCCAAACAGAGUGACCGUAUGGGGAGAAUCGGCUGGAGCUCAAAGCAUCGGCUUCCACCUCACCAGCUACAACGGGCGCAACGACAAUCUCUUCCAAGCUGCCAUCUUAGAAUCAGGAGGACCAGAAGGUGCUAGUCUGAACACAUUGCCCUUCUAUUUCGCUGCUACCGACAAUCUGACAAGAACUGUUGGUUGUCCAAGGACAUGGACCUCACCCUCCCAGCUCGCCUGUCUUCGCAAUCUCAGCUCGGAAGCUCUGUUUGCUUCGAACUAUACUGUCGUAUGGAAUCCAAUCGUGGAUGGCGACUUCCUAACAGACUACCCUUCGGCUCUCCUUGCGCAGAACAAUUUCAUCCGCGUACCUCUUCUCACUGGUGCAAACACAGAUGAGGGUGUCAGCUUUAGCGUACAAAAUCUCAACACUACAACAGACAUCUACAACUCUCUCUUCUACUGGCGCAACUACGCAUUGUCUCCUCCUAACAUUCGAAAGCUGUUGCAGCUCUACCCCAACAAUCCUGCUGUAGAGCCUCCAUACUCCAAUCAUGCGAAUGUUACGUAUCCAGCAUACGGAGCUCAGUGGAGACGUUCGGCUGCUAUCGGAGGCGACCUCGUGAUGAUAGCACAACGUCGCAGAAUGGCGGAGCUCUACGCAAACACCGGCGAAAAGGUAUUCUCUUACCGCUUCGAUACGCCACUCUAUAAUGCUACGGUACCGGGCUCUGUCAAGCACUUUGACAAUGUCAUGUUCAGUUUCCAGAACAUCUCGGGUGCCAUGGGACCAUUGCCUCAAUAUCAACACUACAAAGCAUUGAGUACUGGUAUAGGCAAGUUAUAUGCCAACUUUGUCGGUACCCACAACCCGAAUGGAAUAAAUACGACAAAUGGCACGGGCCUACCAGAGUGGCCGCAGUACACUAUCGACUCGCCUACCAACGUGGUGUUGAAUGCUACUGCCAGCUUUGUAGAAGCUGACACGUUCCCAUCUGGCGUGAGCUAUUGGCAUGAUGCGGAGAACGGUGGUUGA